CGCAUCGUUAGAAAGAGACAGACUGCUCUACGAAAGCAUGCUACCUCUUUCUAAUAUUGAACAUGUGCGGACAAAGGAAACGUUGUGAAUGCGCAGUCUAUAUAUUAUAUGUCUAUGGUAGUACCAAACUGCUCGAAACAAACAUGGUGAUCGACAUGGAGCUGCAAGAAGCUAAAGACGCGGUAUUUGAAUUGAUGAAAAAAAAGGACGAGAUCGAAUCCAAUUUACGAGCGCUAAAGGAGAUUUUGGACAAUAAUCAUGUUGGUAUGAGCGAGUCAUUGGUGGACUCCGAAGGAUAUCCCAAACAAGAUAUAGAUGUUUAUCAAGUGAGACGCACGAGGCACGAUAUAAUAUGUCUUACAAACGAUCACAAGGCAUUGAUGACAAAGAUCGAGGAAGGUUUACACAAAGUUCACGCACUAACGAAGGCGAACGAUGUACAACAGGCUAUAAAUGAUGUAACAAAUAGUCAAGAGACAGAAAUGCUAGAGCCAUUUCUCAGAGUAAAUUUAGUAUCACCUGGCUCACCGGCAGAGAAUGCGGGGCUUCAAGUGGAAGAUUUCAUAUUAGAAUUUGGAUCAAUUCGUUAUCGAAAUUUCAAAACUUUAACAGACAUUAAGAGAUUGGCAGAAAACAGCAGAUAUAAGGCAAUCAAUAUGAAAAUCAAGCGCAAGUCUGAGAUUAUAGUUUUGUCCUUAACUCCACGUCCUUGGGCUGGUGAAGGUCUUUUGGGUUGCAAUGUAAUACCUCUGGAAGCAGUUGAGAGAUAAAGCUACAUUAGAGAGCAUUAUAUACAAAAAAAACUGUAAAUGUCUUCUUGUACCUGCUUUAUUUAUCAAUAAACGUAUCGUUGCAAGUU